AUGAUCACCGCUGACGAAGAUGAACCUCUCCACGUCCUCGACCUACCGCAACUAUAUACGAAGCCCUUAGCUAUUGAAAUCCUGAAAGCGCUUGAUCACUUAGCUAUUCAACCGAAGAGCUUUGGGUUUGGUGUCCGUGAUGUGGCCAGGCGAAAAAUAGACCCUACCGGUGUUACCGAGUACCUUACGACCAUAAUAUCCAGUUCUCUAAAGUGGGUAGAGUCCGAUGACUUGCGAGAACAAAUAUGGGAUGUUGCCGCUGCUAGGCUUAGUGAGCGUGCAGGCCGAACGGCUAUGCCCGCUUUUACGAGGCUUUUUAAUAUUCCUACGUCAUCCGGAGAAGAAUUUACCCUCAACUUACACGAACCUUCCCUCACCUCGGACAACCUUGGAAUGAAAACUUGGGUAUCUUCAUAUCUACUCUCGCGUCGCCUAGAUUAUAUAUUUGAGGCCAUCCCCGAACUAGUGCGGUCCGAGUCAACGUCAUCAACGAGUACUCGGCUCAAAGCUUUGGAAUUAGGUUCAGGGACAGGCCUUGUCGGCCUAUCUUUUGCUGCCCUACGAGGGGCGUCCGCCUCAAUCCACCUGACCGAUCUACCGGUUAUCGUUCCUAAUCUAGCGAGGAACGUCGAGCUGAAUUCCGAACUCUUGAACAAGGCCAAUGCUAAGGUGACGACGGGGCUUUUGGACUGGUCUAUACACCCAGCUUCGGCCCCAACGAAAGACGAACUGUACGAUGUGAUUCUCGCCGCCGACCCGCUCUAUUCUCCUGACCAUCCCAAGUGGCUCGUUCAAACAAUCAAUACGUGGUUAAGCAAAGGUCUUGAUGCGCGUGUUGUUGUCGAGCUCCCACUACGAGACGCAUAUCUACCUCAGGUCGAUGAGUUUCGACGAAGAAUGGAGGAUAUCGGUUUGGCUAUUGUCGAGCAGGGUGAUGAAACGGGUUAUGAUGAUUGGGAAGAUGCCGAUGGUCAAUCGAUGGAAGUUCAUUGUUGGUGGUCCGUUUGGGGAUGGAGUGAGAAGAUUUGA